AAUGUCAUUAUUCGUUUUUCAUUAUAAUUGAGCCUGCAGGACCUUAAAAGUUGAAGAAAAUGAACUUGAAGGAGUCACUGGCAUUAUUUUUCUGCUAAGGCUAAUUUUAUUUAUUCAGUUUGUCUGAAAGAAGUUGUAAAAAGAAUUGAAAGCAGCGGUAAUAGGAAACUAAUAAGCUAACAAUUGACUAGUUUUACUUACUGGAACAGUCCUUGGCUGUUCCUCGGCCCCCCUCUUCUGGCAAUCAUUUAUCAGACCCCGGGAGGGGUCAGGGCUCGCUCGAGAGCCUUCCGCGGCCCGUUUUUUCCCGGGCUUUGGCGCGAGGAAUGCAAGGUGGUGUCAGUGAGCAGAGAUUAGGCCGGUGGAAUUUUGCAUUUGCUACAGCAGCAGCUGUGGCGAGUGGUUUGGGUCCAAGGGCAGAGUCCCCAGGCAGGGCGCGGCCACCGCUCGGCGGCGAUCUCUGGGGCGGCACCGGAGCUCGGCCCUCCGAGAUGGGGGCGGGAUUUUAGAAAGAAGCCCCGGACUUCGCGAGUGGAUGCCCGGGGCUUUUCCUCGCAGCCUCUGCAGCCGCGGUCCCUCUGCCCAGGCGCGCUGCCACUGCCAGACUUCAUUCCUGUUUCCUUCAGCGCUGCUCGCCAGAGGACCCGGUUGCCAUGGUGAAGGAGAAAGUGGCCCACCCACAGGACCCUCACCACCCAUCCGAGAAGCCAGUCAUUCACUGCCAUAAAUGUGGGGAACCGUGCAAGGGCGAAGUGCUUCGGGUCCAGACCAAACAUUUCCACAUCAAAUGUUUCACCUGCAAAGUGUGCGGCUGUGACCUGGCACAAGGGGGCUUCUUCAUAAAGAACGGGGAGUAUCUCUGCACCCUGGACUACCAGAGGAUGUAUGGGACACGCUGCCACGGCUGUGGGGAGUUCGUGGAAGGAGAGGUGGUGACCGCCCUGGGCAAGACCUACCAUCCCAACUGCUUUGCUUGUACUAUCUGCAAGCGCCCGUUUCCACCGGGAGAUCGAGUCACCUUCAAUGGGAGAGACUGUCUCUGUCAGCUCUGUGCACAGCCGAUGUCGUCCAGCCCUAAAGAAACCUCCUGCUCCGGCAAUUGUGCUGGCUGCGGAAGAGAUAUCAAGAACGGGCAGGCACUGCUGGCGCUGGAAAAGCAGUGGCACUUGGGGUGCUUUAAAUGCAAGUCCUGCGGGAAGGUCCUCACCGGGGAGUACAUCAGCAAGGAUGGUGCUCCGUAUUGCGAGAAGGACUACCAGGGGCUCUUUGGGGUGAAAUGUGAAGCCUGUCACCAGUUCAUCACAGGGAAGGUCCUGGAGGCAGGUGACAAACAUUACCACCCCAGCUGUGCACGAUGCAGCAGAUGCAACCAGAUGUUCACAGAAGGAGAGGAAAUGUAUCUUCAAGGUUCCACCGUUUGGCAUCCCGACUGUAAGCAAUCUACUAAGACUGAGGAAAAGCUGCGGCCUACCAGGACUUCCUCCGAAAGCAUUUAUUCUAGACCGGGCUCCAGUAUCCCUGGCUCCCCCGGUCACACUAUCUAUGCAAAAGUGGACAAUGAAAUCCUGGAUUACAAGGAUUUAGCAGCCAUUCCCAAGGUCAAGGCAAUCUAUGAUAUCGAACGUCCAGAUCUUAUUUCCUAUGAGCCUUUCUACUCUUCGGGCUAUGAUGACAAACAGGAGAGGCAGAGCUUGGGAGAGUCUCCAAGGACUUUGUCUCCUACUCCAUCCGCAGAAGGGUACCAGGAUGUUCGGGAUCGGAUGAUCCACCGCUCCACCAGCCAGGGCUCCAUCAGCUCCCCUGUGUACAGCCGCCACAGCUAUACUCCAACCACGUCCCGCUCUCCCCAGCAUUUUCACAGACCUGGCAAUGAGCCGUCCAGCGGCAGGAACUCCCCUCUCCCUUACCGGCCAGACAGCCGCCCUCUAACUCCAACUUACGCUCAGGCCCCUAAACAUUUCCAUGUUCCAGAUCAAGGGAUCAACAUUUACCGAAAACCACCCAUCUACAAACAGCAUGCUGCCCUGGCAGCCCAGAGCAGGUCUUCAGAAGACAUCAUCAAGUUUUCCAAGUUUCCAGCAGCUCAGGCUCCAGACCCCAGCGAGACACCAAAGAUUGAGACGGACCAAUGGCCUGGUCCCCCCUCACUUGCCGCCGUAGGAGCUGACAUGAGACGCAGAUCUAGUGGCAGAGAGGAAGAUGAUGAGGAACUUCUGAGACGCCGGCAGCUUCAAGAAGAGCAAUUAAUGAAGCUCAACUCAGGCCUGGGGCAGUUGAUACUGAAAGAGGAGAUGGAGAAGGAGAGCCGGGAGAGGUCAUCUCUGUCAGCCAGUCGCUAUGAUUCUCCCAUCAACUCAGCUUCACGUGCUCUGUCAUCUAAAACCUCAUCCCUCCCAGGCUAUGGAAGAAAUGGGCUGCACCGGCCUGUUUCUACAGACUUUGCUCAGUACGACAGCUACGGGGACGUCAGUGGAGGAGUGCGAGACUACCAGACCCUUCCAGAUGGCCACAUGCCUGCAAUGAGAAUGGACCGAGGAGUGUCUAUGCCCAACAUGUUGGAACCAAAGAUAUUUCCAUAUGAAAUGCUUAUGGUGACCAACAGAGGGCGCAACAAAAUCCUAAGAGAUGUGGACAGAACCAGGCUGGAGCGCCACUUAGCCCCAGAAGUGUUUCGGGAAAUCUUUGGCAUGUCCAUACAGGAGUUUGACAAGUUACCUCUUUGGAGACGCAACGACAUGAAGAAGAAAGCAAAACUCUUCUGAGUCACACACGUAGACAGCAGUUAGCAAAAGGACUGACAAUGGCGUGACGCACAGGAUGCUGUAUUAAGGCCCAAAGUUGAUUGGAGAAUUUGCAAACCACUGUCCCUCAGCAACAACAGAAAGGGAGAAUCUGAUUGAAAUACCGGUGAGCCAAAUAUUGAGCUGACCCACGGCAACACUUGCCGAGAAGCAAUGGGGUAGAAAUUUCUAUGUUCCCGCACUUGACAGUCGUGUUCACAUGUGACCUUUUUACAUCACCUUAUGUAUACAACAGGAGCUACUUCUUUUGUUUUCUUUUAACUGUUGUCCAACAGUAGUGCUGACUGUAUGGAUAAGAGCCAGCAAGUGCCCUUAGGAUGCCGCAUGGAAAAAAAGCAGUUGUAAUAAUUCCAGAGUAUGAAUAUAUUUAUUAUGUAGCACUGUGGCUAAGAAGGAAGAGCCUGAGGGACAUCUCCACGUGGUAGCAGCCGUUUUGCACGCGCCUUUCCUCACCUGGCCUCAUGCAGCCCUGCCUGCGCCCCAGCAGGAUGGAAAUCCGAGUCGGGGAACCCGGCAGCUCGGUCUGAGCAGGCUGAAUAGCAGUCAGAGUAAUUUCUGACAAGCUCGUUGUUCUCUACUGUUUGCUAGGACCUGGUUGGCAAAAUACUUAGCUAUUAUUAAAAAAGAAAUUUUUUGAAGAGAAAGAGAAGGAAAAGGAAUGAAAAGAAAACCUCCCUUAACUCUCUUUCUGCAUCAGAUAGUGUGCUUCCUUCUUCCUCCCCACCAAGGACGGGAGCUGUCUCGGGCUCCCUUUGCAGAAAAAGGGAAGGGAAGAGUUGUCUCCAGAUUGGCCCAGUUGCAUGCUGUUAGAUGAUGUUAGCCCACGGGCCAUAGCACUGUAGCCAAAAAAAAAAGUUCUGUGUCCUCCCAGUGCGAGUUCUUCCACCAGCACCCCUGCUCUAUAUCUGGCAUCCUCUGAUUCAGAUCCAGUCCACGCUGGUUUUGUUUUUUUUUAAGGUCUUUUCUGUAGUAGGCUAAGGAAAGGCCUGUUUUUCCAUUUUAAAUCUCUGCGACUCCAAGAUAGAUUGCCUCAGACUGAUUUAAUUUGGCCUUUGCAGCUUUCCUUCUGGCCCAGCACUGGGGACUUCAUGGUUUGUGUGUAUGGAUGUGUCUGUGUGUUUUCACUCACCCAGGGUGGUUUUGUGAGUCUGCAUGUGCUUUUUAAUUUCAUUUCUGCUUGAAUGCUUGUCCCACUGUGCUGCAGCUUCUAAGGGACGUGUGCACAGGUGCGCCUGCCUCAGAGAUCAAGAGUGAGGCCAAACUGUAUCCCCGACACCAUGUCCUUCAUGGGGGGGUGUUGGUGCCUGGAGGCCAGCGUACUCCAUGACUGAUGUAGCUCAGGUCAGCAUCAGACUGAAGACCACAGACCUAGGGUCGGGCUGUGUAUGGGGAUCAGAGCAUCUUACCAGAGUCUUCAAACUUGGCAACAUAAGAUUCAAAUGGCAGCCUAGGAUUUCACCAAAACUUGCAUCUAGGACCAGAUCAUGAUUCCUGGAAGCCUCAGGCUAUGACUUAAGUGGGCCAUGAGUUGGAUGAGGGAGAGGAUCGCCACCUCCACACACGGGAGGUCAGGUCACAUGUAUUUUCCUGCUUUGGGGCUCUGCUUAGGAAUUUAAGCUUGGUUCUAAAGCCAAAGGAGAAAACGUGUGAAUUCAGCUGCCUAUGCCGCUGAUAAUAAAAGCUCAGAAAUUCUUCCCACUGGCACCAAGGAUUAGGAUGUUAAUAGACAACACCAAUGGUAAAAAGCAAGCAGAAUAGUUUCUGAACCUGUGCUGUAGACCCCAACCUUGUGACACACUCCAUCAGCUGGGUGAUGUGAAGUGAGUACUGUAAUCGCUUUGUGGUGUUCUCCUGCGCUCUUCCUGGAGGCAUCUGAAUUUGCCUGUCCUUUCAGUGCUAGGCGCUGAAUGUUUGAGGACUGUUCUCACAAAUUCGCGUGUGUGUGUGUGUGUGUGUGUGCGUGUUUGACCUACUAACAUAUUUUGCAAACAGCUCUGACAGGGCGGACCUGAGGAGACCAGCUCUUCCUUGCAGUGUCGCCCCUUCAUAUAUCAGUUGCCUCUUGCUUCAUCCGAGAUUUCCGCUGUCUCAUCUUCUCUCUGUCCUUUCCUAUGCUGGGAGCUUUAUCACGAUGCCAGUGCCCCUUAGUCCUUGCUUUGCUCUGGCAAAGUGUGAGGGGUGGGGACUAUGGUGUAUUCCCAGUGUUUCUCUGCCACAAUCAAUGACAAGGAUGGCCAGAUGGGUUCCAGCGCUAGGCUGGCAGAGAGAUUUUCUUCAUUAUGGGGAUAAUAAAGAACCCUCAAUAUUUUCAUUGGUUAAUGCACCUGCAGAUCAAAUGUCAGUGUAAGAAAAAUUGCAGCAGUAGUUAACUGAACCCCAAAUCUGCUCGCACUAAUGAAACUCGAUUUUUCUUGUAUCUUUUGGAUUCAGUUCUGCAUACAGCGUGGGGGCGGGGGGAGCUUCUUUCCAUAUCAAGUGUAUUAGCAAAUUUAAACUACACGAUGCAAAUAUGCAUUGCCAGAAAACAUCAGUUGCCUCCUGUCUGCAAGCAGAACGGUGUUGUGCCCUGGGGAGGGGGCAUUGGAAACUGCAGUGCAGAGUGGGCUCCUCAACUCCACUCCCCAGCAGAAGGCUCCCUCUAGAGGGAUGGGUCAUGGAGCAAUCUGUUUCUCCAAACUGCCAAAUCUAAUAUAUGGGCUACCAUGCCCUAUCCAUUUUGUUAAACUGGGCUCGGCAUGCUUGUCCCCAAAAUGUCCAGGCCACUGCACGGGAAAUCAGCAUUCUCUGCUUGA